CUUUCUUAAGCAAUAUUUACCAACCUCCCCAAUAUUUCCUUGCCGACAUUAAAUCAUAAACGAUUGAUUACAUUUAUUAUACAAACCAGUCCCGGACCCCACCUCUACUUUUUAUAAAUCGGAAAUCCCAUCUUCGAUAAGCCCUCGACAAAAUCCCAGCAUUGACCAUUACCUUCCAGUUCAUGGCUACCGGAACCACUAGCGCGUUCUUCCUUCUCCUCUUCCUCUUCUCAGCAGCCGCCGCUGCGGUCGCAACCGCUUCCAAUCUCCGCUUCGAAAAAGCAAGAGAUGAUGACGAUACCUGCGUUUACACAAUCUACAUCAGGACGGGAAGCAUCUGGAAAGGCGGAACGGACUCGAAGAUAAGCUUGGCGCUUGCUGGAUCGGACGGCUGGGGCGUGGAGAUCACGGAUUUGGAGGAUUGGGGCGGCCUGAUGGGCGCAGAUUAUAACUACUUCGAGAGGGGAAAUCUCGACAUCUUCUCCGGCCGAGCACCGUGCCUCUCCACCCCACUCUGCUGGCUCAAUCUCACAUCGGAUGGAACCGGCAGCCACCAUGGAUGGUACUGCAACUACGUUGAGAUCACCACAACUGGGCCUCAUCUCGGAUGCUCACAGCGUCAGUUCACCAUUGAACAGUGGCUCGCUACCGAUACUUCUCCGUACAAGCUUUAUGCCACCAGAGAUUACUGUUCUCCUGAGGACGAGGGUGUCUUUAAGGGCCCGCGGCUUCUGCGACCCGCCGUCAGCAGCCGGAGGAUGAAGGUGGAGAUAGAAUAGGGUUUCGACUUUCGCGGUCGAUCAAAUUGGGGUUUGGUGUGGUCACCUGUGUGACCUAUGAGAUGAGUGUUGUACGGUAUCCUUUGCUGCGUAGGUUUUGUGUGUGGAAUAAAUGUGGGUUUCGACGGUGGAUCGUGCCGCUCUGUCAUGUAAUUGGUUUUGUGAGGAUAUAUUGGCCGUUGGCUUCGCUAUUC